UCCCACAAUGCACCGCUGCGCUGCUGCAGAUGGAAUGUAGCUCGCUAGCCUCUCAUGCUAGCCGCGGCAUCGCAGUAAAGUUUGACAAACACAUCAUGAGCGGCUCGAACCCGCCGCCAGCGCUGCACUGACAACACAUGCGCUUCAGCUCAACUGCUCAGCAUUCAGCGAUGAACAUUGAUGAAAAGUUGGAGGGGAUGCUUAUGAAAUGUAGCCCUGUGGGGCUUCAUCACUCUUCCAGAGCUUUGGGACCCUCAAGGGUGGACGGAAGAGGAAGGAGAGGCAGUUUGGAUAUGACACUUGGGGAACGGAGCUUGGCUAAUCAUCCCCUUUUGGCAGAGGAUGAUGAUGAAGAUGAUGAUGAUGAUGAAGACCUGGCAGGUGGAGGCCUAAGCUCGCUUGGUCUGAUAUCCACUUCCUAUGCGGGUCGUAUUUAG